AUGAACGGGAAGAAAGGUGGUACGAACUUCCAGCUCACAGCGGAGGAACAUGCCAACCUGUGCGUGAAGUUGGAGGAGAUGUUGGACUGGGGCUGUGAGUUCGACGGCGAGCUCGUGCAAGGCCGGCCGCUGCCUCGGGCUUUCGUGAACGCUUUCGGCGCAGACCCGCGGCGCAGCCCGAAACUUCUGGGUUUCAUGCUUUGGGAAGGCGUCCCAGCCAAUGCUUCCCAGACCCAGGCUGCCCAAGGAGAUUUCUACCGCAAGCGUGAUGAGUGGGAGGCGGCCUGGUCGGCCGAGCAGCAGCGCAUGCGGGCCUUGGCGGAGCAGGCAGUGUUGGAGUACGACUCAGGGCAGCAAGCACCGGGAGUGGCCAGCGGCCAGCUGAUGGCGCGCCUCAGCUUCUUGGCGCAGUCCAGCGAGCUCAAAGCCCCCUCGCAUUUCGGCUUGCAGAAGGUCGACGAGCGCCCCCCGCCGCGCACCGGCGAGGACCUUCUGGCAGCACUGCGCGCUGGACUGGUCUUCUUGGAGGAGGUUGUGGCGGAUGGCUUCGGCGUGGACAACCUCAAGAUCACCCUGAGGUCCUUGUCUUCAGAAACUUUGCAGAUAGCCCUCCGGCGCGGCACGAUCUUCCAGCAGAGGUCCUGGAACCACAGGCAAGAUUUGGUCACGGGGGUGGACUACGUGAUUCUGGUUCCUCCGGGCGGAUGCGUGACGAAAGAAGUGCUCGGCUACUCCAUGAAUUUCACCUGCCCACCUCCACGCAACGACGAAAUGCAUAUUGCGGAGUUCUACUUUGAUGUUGAGAGAGUGCUCGGAAGCCAAGCACUGAUUUGGGAUCACUUCCAGUCCUUGUUCAAGUAG